GAUGUUUCUAUCCAAGGAGAUGGAUCAUUUAGAAAGCGAAGUGGACGAUAUAUUUGGUGGAGUGUCGCUCAAGGAAAAAAUUUCGAAAUACUACGAGUACUCGUCACUGACAAAAGGACAAAGUGAAGCAGACAAUGAUAUAUGGCCCCUAACUGUCUUCCUAACUCCUCCGUCGUCUCCAGACAGCAGUCCAUCGUACGAAGCCAUUUUAAGCGAGAAGCAAAAUGAAACUGAUGAGAUGUUGUCGGGAGCUUCUCGCACAAAGGAUUUAAAAUCUAUGCUAAUUAGAGAUUGUAUGUGGAACGGUGAAUCACCUAAGAAAGGACGCAACUUUGAGAAACUACGACAGCUCACGAAAACACCACCAUUAAUAGACUGUAAUUUACGCAUCAUGUAUGUAGAUCCAAGUGAGAUCUGGCCUUUCAAUUUCAGCGAGCAACUAAAGGCGGGAAAAGUAACUACUGCGGACAAUAACAACGAUAACACUGGUAAGUAAACAAUGAUAUUUUUUAUAUUUAUUUCUUUUCAGUUUUUCUACCCUUAUACAAUUUUCAAAUUUUUGUUAAAGAGUAUUAAUAAAAAACAAAUCUGGGAUUUUAAGUUAUUUUUUCUAGAAAAUCACACUUACGCUAUUAAUUUUCAGUCGUAGUAUUAUCUAUGUCUGGACUUGUUGUAUAGUAAAUAAGUAAAAAUGGCGGUAAAAACACAAUGAAUAUUUUAUAAAUUGUUAAUAAGCAAGUGGCAAAAAACUUUUCAAAUAAUGCAUGGAAAGAAAAAUUCUCAAAUGCAAUGGCAAGUCUUUGCAAAUAAAACGUGUUCAUUUGUAAGUUGUCUAUGCUAUAUAGUCAAUAGACGUGUAAUUUGCAUUUUGCCUCUGGCAUUAAAUAUAGUGCAUAGAGGUGCAAAUAACGUGUCGUGUGCGCUAAUGCCAAUAUAGGCCGGUAAAUGGUUUGUGAUUAUAGUUGGUAUAUAGUCGGGGUUUAAUAUUACCACAUAUUGUGUCUUUUGUGUAUGUGAUAAUAUACAAAACUUAGUUUACCCUAACAAGCAGUAAUGUUUAGUUCACGUAAAAGAUUGCAGUCUUUCUUAUAAAUGUACAACAUAUUAUUCAGUAAUGCAUAUUUGAUAUCAGACGACACAAUGAAUAUUCAACAAAUCAUUGAAAAUCGAUUUAAGUAUAUCAUAUGUAAUCUAUCUAUGGACUAUAGUAUAUCUAUGCACAAUUCAACUAUGAGUGAAGAAUCUUAGCCGAAUAAUGACGACCGUAUUAGAGUAGUCUUUCAUUGGCGUGUAUAUCAUUAGUAUACACUCGACAAACAACAUGCUAUAGUAAUAUCAAACAAAUCGUUAAAAAUAUUGUCCGUCUUUUUCACUACAAGACUUAUCUUUUCUUAAGAGUCUUGGAAUAUAUUUAUAAUAUUGUAGGAUUCAUUUAUUUUGUCAUAUGUUAAUUCCUUAUCAAAGACGACAAUAGUAUAUACUAAACAAACACAGUUGUGCGUUGGCAACAAUUUACUGAAUAAAUGGAGGUUCUAAAACACGCAAGUCCACAAGAUGUUAGCUUCAUUUAAAAACGACUUAAUUUGAAUAACAGUGGAUAAAGAAUCGAUUUUCCGCUUGCAUAAGUAUUGUUGAUAUCAUAGUCAUAACCAUCAAUAAGUCUAUAUUGAAGUCUGCUUUUAAAAGAGAGUUUAAUUAUGCAUUCACUAUACGUUAUUUAAUACUUCGAAAGGUUUUCCGUGGAAACGAGUGUAAGCUUCUAAAACCGUCUCUGCCUUGUCGAGGAAACUCUAUAGCUCAUGCGAAACAAGACAAUAUAUGAAGAAUAGAUUUUCCGCUUGUAAUUAUCAAUAUUAUAGUCUUAACCAUGAAAUAUGUCUAUUGAAGACAGGUUUCAAAGGAGUAUUUAGUUUGAAAUAUCCAUUUAAUGCGUAAUUAAUUAUACUUUGAAAAGUUUUCCAUGCAAACGACUUCUAAGUCUAAAACCUACUCUGCUUUGUUUGAGGAAAGUUUAACUCAUGCAAAACAAGACAAUUUAAUAUAUAAAGAAUCGAUCAUUGAUUUUAUAGUCUUAACCAAUAUCACAAUUCUAUUGAAGAUUGCUUUUAAAAAAGUGUUUGGUUUCAAACUAUGCAAUUUAAUAUAUUAUUUAAUAUUGCACGGGAAAAAUAGAAACAAACAUUUUAUUGCAAACAACUGCCCUUACCCACCAGAGUCCAGACGAGGACAAAAUAGGAGGGCAAAGUAUUCACAUCAAUCUCUGAGACUAUUUAUGACGGUAUAACAAGCACUUCUACUCUGUAUAUAAGGCAAUGUUACACGAGUAAAUUUUUGCUUACAGCCAUGUUAUUCAAAAAGUAGGCGCAGAGAAAUUGUGAGUACAGUUCAUAUUUUCUGCCCGGCAAUCUUCAUCCGAUUUCUCUAAUUUUUUUAUAAUUAAGAGCAUAAUUAUUUUGUAAAGAAGGUGUGGGAAGAGUGGAAGCCCACAAUAUUCUUGCGACUAGUUUUAGAUUGUUGACUAGUUUUAGAUUUGAUACGUGCUUACGGAUCUAAACCUUUGCAGUAAUAAAUAUGCGUGGUGUUUCUAUGCAAAAUUACAAAAACGUAUAACAUCAUAAUUAUUUUCGCCGAAUGACAACAUCACAACAUUAAGAUAUAUUCUGGGUUUUUCUCGAAAAACAUGCUCAAGAUUAGAUGAUUAUUAUAUUGCACAAACAUGCAUACAACAUGGAUGCUCCAACAGCAUCACUCGCGGGAUUUAUUGUAUUUCAUUUUAGUUGAUCUACAUGCAUCUGGGGAUUGGAAUUAGUUAGAACUAUCUGUAAGGAAAAAAUAGUUUUAUUUAUUUAUAUGUUGCUCAGCAAUAACUGCACUGAUUUGACUGUACUCAUGUAUAACUUUUUCUGCCACACCCUAAAAGGUUCGACAUGAAAAAGACCUAUACGACAUAUAUUUUAUACAAAUUGUACAUUUGUUGCAUUUCAUCAAAUCUAAAGUAACACUCUUGGGACAGUGUCCACAGAUUCCGUCAUUGUGCAAUGUCCUGUAAUGUUUUUCCUCUGCUUCAAUUGUGAGAAUGAUAACUUCUUUUGAGAUCAAUAAGUUCUGCAGUGGUUUCGUCCUAGACCGGUAAAUCAUCUCAUAGUUAAUAUAAUGGUCAUCUUUAUCCAAGAAACCGUUUAACCAAAUAUGGGAAAAUUACUAAACAUUACUGAAAUAGGAGGAGUCAUACCCAUAAACAAAUGCCAGUAUGUCUUGCGAAAGUGGAAACAAUUUUAAUUAAAUAUAUUACAUGAGCACAAAUGACUGCUAGGAAGUCUAUACAAUAUUCCUAUGGUAAUUGUUGCACAAUAUUUUAUUAGUUCUAAUUUAAGUAUUUCCAAAUUUCCUGGCUAAUGCAUGUACCCGCAGUGUGCACGUAAGAUCUUUAUAUUUUAAAAUUACGUUAAAUCCAGGGUUAUUUUUUUCACAACUUGGAAAUUAUUUGGUCCGUUAGUAAUAGUUUACCUAUGAUUUUAGAUUAAUUAGUGCCAUCUUGCUAGUGGGAGGGUCUUCGCGCACAUGCAGAACUGCCUUAACCUAUUAGUAUAAUGUUUCAAAUUAGCUGCCUUGGUCUGACCUACCUGUCCCCAAAAAUACUAAAAACAUUUUCAGCGCAUUUUGAGCCAGUUAGGGAAAAAUAAUAAGAAAAUUAAGAAAAAGCGCAGCCAGGUUGAGACGUCAUAAAUUUGCUCAACAUGUUAUUUUUUCUGCUUGAUUAUAUUCUGCUCGUCUAAUAAAUAAAUAAUCAGGCCGAUCGAGAACGUGUUUAACAAUUUAUGUAAUUUCUAUAGUUGCAACUUAAUCCUAAAAGUUUCCUGCGGUCGGGAUAUUAUAUCCUAUAGCGGAAGGAGGGGUGUUGGAAGUGCGACACCCCCCAUGAAUGUUAUUUUGUCGGUAAAGUGAUUAAAAAUAGGUAUAGUCGGUAAAUUGGUACCAAAAUGUCUAGGUCGGUAAAACAGCAUAAAAUCGAGGCACAUCUCUUGGCCAUCAAACUUGAUUGUGAUUUUUAAAAUUUAUGUUUGAAACCUUAACCAUAUUAUUCACUAUAUUUUAUAUACUACUACGAGAGGAGCACAGUUUUCCUUAAUCCGCACACGGACAUGUUUUUGCACAUUUUGAGCCGGAGAACUAUUGAAUAACAUCACUAUCAAUAUAUGGAAGCUUUUAACUUUUAUCCCAUAGCUUUUCCUAUAUGAUUUUAAGCAGUUGCCCAACGCAAUAUGUUUCUCGUACCAUACUAAAUUAUAUCCUCUUCCGAGUUUAAUUGUCCGAGCCCCUGUUAUUUGAUGAUAUACACUUGGGAUGCCACGUGUUUUUGAGAGUCGGAAAAAGUCUUCUACAACUUGGACAUGAUUCAAGACUCGGAUAUAUAUUGCCCGCAAAACUUUCGUACAGAAGUCGUUAAACUCCAGAAAACAUCGUUAAAUAUACCACGGAAGGAACACUUUCAUUAGUUCUAGCUUUAUUAAUUUUUUUGUAAUUUGAUGCGUAAAAAAAUAAUGACCCUGACCCAAACGAUGUGUGGAAGGGUAAAAACAUACUGCAAAUCUCUGAAAUAAAACUCGAAAAUCUAAAAAUCUUUCCGACCAAGAUCUUUAAGAUAUCUUUCAAAAUCCAAAAUCAAAGAAACAACCCAAAAUCUGGUUCCAUAAGAAUGUAGUUAUAGUUAACUAUACAUGUAGUUAGUGCGAAAGGUGACAACCGGCCCUUGUAUCCUAAAAUUCCAUAAAAGCUGAGGCCGCGAUUGUUCAAAGCUGGAUUAGCACUGAACCUCGGUUAAAAUUUAACUUGAAAUUUUGGCUUAAGUAUUUCAGAACGUCUGUUUAUUUAAAAACUUCCGAGAAGAAAACUUCUACUGAUCCAGACCGAUCAUCUGAAGAAAUAUUGUGCUUUGAAUUUUAGGUUAACCUGUAGUGUUUAAGCUAAUUGGCUUUCGAACAACGUACCGGUCCCUGGUGGAAUAUAAUGCAUGCUCGUUGCGAUUUAAAUGUAAUUAUUUACAUUCUGAUAUUCUCCAAUAGAUGAAGAAGUGGAAGUUGAUGUUGUUGGAUUAGAAGGAAACCAGAAAGUCGAACUAAAGAACAAAGACGAAGUAGAAUCAGAAACUAACACCGAAAAAUGUGUAAUUGCGCCUGCUUCGUGCAAUGUUGUAGAGACCACGUCACAACAUUGUGAAAACACUGAUCAUGAUUAUUCAUGUAACCUUCGUUCAGGAACAAAGAGAAGAAGAUCAAGUAGCAGCGAUUCUGAUAAGGAAAAUUGUACGGAAGAAAAAACUCGAAUUUUAUCAGGAGAUGAAUCUGACCCUGACUGUGAAAUACUUGGCCGAGCAACACACAAUGUUUUGGAACGUAAAAGAAGAAACGAACUAAAAUUGCGUUUUCAAUAUCUUCGGGACUCAAUUCCUGAUAUUUGUGGCAACGACAGAGCACCGAAAGUUUCAAUUCUACAGAAAGCAUACAGCUAUAUCUUACAGGUGCAGGCUGAAGAAAGAAGUCUUCUACAACAGAUUAGAAUACAAAAGAACCGCAAAGAACAGCUCUUGAAAAAA